AUGGAUGUAUACAUGAUGGUUCGCCGCAAGUCGACCACAAUAUUUCUCAACUGUAAGGAAAACCACCAAAUACUCGAAGUUAAGAAAAUGAUCGAGGGUAUCUUAAAGGUUUCACCGGAAGAUCAAGUUUUGUAUAAACAAACGAUUCAGUUAGAUGACUCUAAAUCGCUUUCAUAUUAUAAUCUGAACAGUCAAACUGCACGUGCUCACACACCGGCAUCACUCGUUCUCUCUCUCAAAGAUCCCGUAACAGGAAAAUUUGAGCCUCCUUCAGUCACUGCUUAUUCGACGCCCCCUGAGCUUCCUGAGGUCAUGCGGGGGCCUGAAGCUAUGCCCUCGCCUAGCGUUACGGAGCUUGUUGGUCAAGCUAAGCCUUAA